GAUCUCUUUGCUUAGCCUCCCUCUCAUUGCGGCUCCGCUUUGCUCGCCGACCUCAGCGCAACGGCGGCGACGAUGCAACCGGUAGGUGGCGUAGAUCCACGGAGAACACCUCCACUCCCACCACAGGCUUGGGCUACGGUUCGCUAUCCGGCGCCGGCGAUGGUGAUGCCGCAUCCCAUGAUGGCGCCGCCACCUCCGCCCCCCUACGGCCAUGCUUUCGUACCCUACCACCAGCCCCCGACGCCCCCUCCUUCGCUCCCGUCGAAAUCGAACCGAUACCAGCAGGGUGGGGAAGCUGCCGCGGACGACGAGAAGCGGACGAUCUGGGUGGGGGACCUCCAGUACUGGAUGGAUGAGAACUAUCUCCACAGCUGCUUCGGCCACACCGGUGAGGUUGUAUCCAUAAAAGUUAUUCGCAAUAAGCAGACUGGACAAUCAGAGGGUUAUGGUUUUGUGGAGUUUCAUUCACAUGCAACUGCUGAUAAAGUACUUCAGAAUUUUGGCAGUCAUCUUAUGCCAAACACAGAUCAGCCAUUCCGACUAAAUUGGGCAUCAUUUAGCAUGGGUGAUAAGCGUUCAGAUAUUGCUUCUGAUCACUCUAUUUUUGUAGGAGAUUUAGCUUCUGAUGUUACAGAUAUACUUCUGCAUGAAACCUUUUCUACUAAAUACUCUUCAGUAAAAGGGGCAAAAGUAGUUGUUGAUGCAAAUACUGGACGUUCAAAAGGUUAUGGGUUUGUUAGAUUUGGAGAUGAGAACGAAAAAAAGCUUGCCAUUACUGAGAUGAAUGGUGUUUAUUGUUCUACUAGGCCGAUGCGCAUUGGCCUUGCUACUCCUAGAAAAUCUUCUGGAGGUUUUGGGCCAAAUGGUGCAUCUUCAGCUGGGUCCCAAUUAGAUGUUGAUUCAGCUAAUACAACAGUAUUUGUUGGAGGGCUGGAUCCAGAUGUCAGUGAAGACGAUUUAAAAGAAGCCUUUUCUCAGUAUGGAGAGGUUGCCUCUGUUAAAAUUCCUGUGGGAAAACAAUGUGGUUUUGUCCUUUUUGUCCACAGAAACAAUGCUGAAGAAGCAAUGCAGCAAUUAAAUGGUACAGCUAUCGGCAAGCAAACAGUUCGUCUAUCAUGGGGUCGCAACCCUGCUAAUAAACAGUCAAGAGCUGAACGAGGCAAGAGGUGGAAUGGUGCCUACUAUGGGGGGCAGACUUACGACGGAUACAGCUUACCUCCUCACUACCCGGGUAUGUAUGCCGUGCCAUAUGGUGCUUACACAUUCUAUGGAAGCCAACAGCAAGUGAAUUGAGAAGAAUACUUCCUGCUGAUUCUUCAAAGGAAAGUGCAGGUAAAGCUGUGACCCUAGUUGGUGAGUUAGUCAAAACAAUCCUGUUGUGUGGUGUGCGAACUUGAGCACUUAAAAAAGUUUUCAACUCGAGAUUCUCACGAGAUUUUGUCCCAGGUCAUAAUUAAAUUUGACUCCUAUUUGUGUGGAAGUGUAUGCCAAUUGAUUGAUAGAUAAUGUGCUAGUUUAAGGAACAUUGUUCCUGAAACAAGUAAACAUCAACUAUUUAAUACAUGGAGUCUAUCAUUACUUGAA